AUGCCACCAAGACUCACAAGACAAACCACAACAACACUCUAUGUUGCAGAUCUAACAGAGAUAGACACUAAUGUGGAGAAGAUGAACAUUGAUAAAGAUGCUGGUAGCAGUGAAGCCACCACCAGCAAGACAUCAGCAGAUGAUACAAGCAAUGGAGAUACACCCCUCAAUAUAUUGAACAAAAUUCAAAGGGAGGAGAUCUUUGAAGAAAAGAAGGCAUGUCUGCAAAAGAAUCUAGCAGAUAUAUAUGAACAAAAUAAGAUACACAGGCUGCAGAAGCAGAUAGAAUACAAACAGAGAAUAGUAAAUGAUGAUUUUUCUUUAGAGUUCCUCUUAUGUACAAGACUGAUAGAGGAGUCAGAUGAUCUUGAUGAUGUGAAGUCACUAAAAGCAUCUUACUACCAUGGCAAAUCACUUGUUUUGCCUGAGAAAAUUAUUAUGAAAGGCACCAGAUGUGGUCAGGAUUAA